CUGUCGUGCCUGCUCUUCGCGGCGAUCGGCCGCCGCCAGCGCGGGCCCUACAUGGACGAGGCCUUCCACGUCCCCCAGGCGCAGGCCUACUGCCACGGCCGCUUCCUCCAGUGGGACCCCAUGAUCACCACACUGCCAGGCUUGUACCUGUUCUCAGUGGGAGUAGUGAAGCCCGCAGCAUGGCUCUUCGGGUGGACAGGAAGCGUGGUGUGCUCUGUGGGAAUGCUCAGGUUUAUUAACCUCCUUUUCAGUGCUGGGAACUUCUACUUGCUGUAUUUACUUCUGUUCAAGAUCCAUCAAAAGAAUAAGGAUGUGUCCCGUUUCCAGAGAGUCUUGUCUACGUUAACUCUUGCAAUAUUUCCUACCCUUUAUUUUUUUACGUUCCUUUAUUACACGGACCCAGGAUCAGUAUUUUUUACUCUCUUUGCCUAUUUAAUGUGCCUUUAUGGUAACCAUAAAACUUCAGCUUUCUUUGGAUUUUGUGGCUUCAUGUUUCGUCAGACAAAUAUUGUGUGGACAGUUUUUUGUGCUGGAAAUGUUGUUGCGGAGAAGCUAAAUGAAGCCUGGAAGACAGAGUUACAGAAAAAGAAAGAUGAAAAGGUUUCUUCCAGGAAAGGAUCGUUUUCAGAUUUGAUCAGAAUAUUGCAGUUUCUCGUUCAAUAUCUCUUAUCUCCUAAAAACUUAGUUACACUUAUCGCUUUAACUUGGCCAUAUGUCAUAUUAGUAAUUGCGUUCUUUGGUUUUGUCUUCAUCAAUGGUGGAAUAGUUGUUGGUGACAGAAGUAGCCAUGAAGCCUGUUUGCACUUCCCUCAGCUGUUCUAUUUUUUGUCCUUUACUACCUUUUUUUCAUUCCCUCAUUUAUUGACCCCUACUAAAAUCAAGAAAUUCCUUCUGUCAUUACAAAAGCACCCUGUGCAGUACAGCUUAAUCACUGUCAUCUGUUUAUUCCUGAUCUGGAAGUUUACCUAUGUUCAUAAGUAUUUACUAGCAGAUAACAGACAUUAUACAUUUUAUGUCUGGAGAAAAGUCUUCCAAAGACAUGAGCUGGUAAAAUAUGUAUUAGUUCCAGUCUAUAUAUUUGCUGGCUGGAGUUUUGCUGAUACACUCAAAUCAAAAUCAAUAUUCUGGAUCUUAAUGUAUUUUCUGUGCUUACUAGCAGUCACGGUUCCUCAAAAAUUGCUAGAAUUUCGUUACUUUAUUUUGCCAUUCUUAAUAUAUAGGCUCAAUAUUCCAUUCCCAUCUCUAUAUAGACAACUUUUGGAGUUGGCUUUUUAUAUUGUUGUGAAUGCUGUAACUUUUUAUCUUUUUCUAAACAGAACAUUCCAAUGGCCAAAUAGUGAUGAAAUCCAGAGGUUUAUGUGGUGACUUUUUUUUUUUUUUUUUUUUUUUGGUAUUUUCAUACUCCAAGGAAAACCCAGUUCUGUUUCAGGACUGUGGACUCUGGAAUGAAGCAGUGUGUUGUGCAUUAUGUAAGGACGUUUUUCCCCAGUUGGAACUGGGGGAGUAAGCUGUUUGCUUAUUUCUUGGAACUGAAUGUGAGAUCUGAUCUGUUGUGAUGUGAAGAUAUUCCAUAUAUUGAAUGUAUGAGCUCCUGGAAUUAACAAAUUCAGUAUGAGGGGGAAUUUGAGAACACUUUUCUGUAAUUAAUGUGAAAUAAGGGAAAUGUUUACCAUCCUUUUUCAUUAUAAUAAAAUAUUAUAUAAUAUGCCCUUGAAUGUCUGACA